AUUGUUUAUAUCGCAAAAUGUGAACUAUUACAACCAUAUGAAGUUGAAUAUAUAAGUAUAUCCAUGUUUACCCGCAUAUAUACAGUACACUCACGUAAAGAGGUAUACAUUAUAUAGCAGAACUGCUUAUUUAUAUCGUCACAAAACGAUUUUAUCGCCCAGCUCUCAUCUAAAUAUACGCUAUAUCUAAAUAUAGACUAUAUGGUAGCCCAAAGCCCAUUAUAAAAGUUAACGUGAUUUGAAACAAUGUAUAGGCUAUUUUUAAAAUUGCUAUACAAAUAAAAUUGACUUGGCAACAGACAAUCUACAAAAUAUAACUGAAUUUAAGGAUUACUAUUUAAUUAUCAAACAUUUUUCAGUAGGCCCUAGCUGCUAUAAGGGCUUUUAGACUAAACAAAACCAUUCAAAAUUUCAGGCUUGCUGUUUUACAUUUAUUGCAAAUGAAACGAAAGGCGGUUUUUCUUCAUUAUCACUCCACAGAGGUUCUUUACGUCCCUGUGUUUAAAGGUCUCGGGCCUGUAGGUGAUGAUAAGGAGCGUAAUUCUCCAAGGACACGAAUAACCACUUCACACUUUAUUGCACAACCCUGGAUAUAGCCGUUUGGAAGGACAGAUUUAUUCAGGAAGAUUAAAGCGAUUUUUUUUUAUUUAUUUUUUUGGGAGAUAGAUGUAAAAUAGUCUUGGUCGUGUAAUUAAUAAAUUGAAGUAUUUCUGCUGCCCUCUCUCUAACCCUCUUUCCCCCUCCCUCACCUUCUCCGUAUUGUUGUUGUAAAGCCCCACCGCCGCCAUAGUUAGUAAUGCUGCCAUGGCAACCAGGAAACACUUCAGUGUGUGUAUGCGAAAGGGUGGGAGUCUGGAUGAGGUGUUUGAGUCUCUCACACUCAGGGAUUUACUAUUAGAAAUAAACACUGAAAAAAUCUGCACAACUACUAGUAACAGACCACACUUAGAUGAGUUUUUCUCCAGGUGAUCAGCUUCCUUUGUGUGUGUUAAUGUGGCUAGUUUAGGGUCAUGGCAUCCACUGGUGUCACUAAUCACCUGCCUCCCGUCAAGAGUGUGAAGGUCUACAGAAAUGGAGACCCCUUCUUUUCAGGAAGGAGAUUUGUGGUCAACCAGAGACAAAUCUCCACCAUGGAUGCAUUGCUUAAUGAUAUCACUCUCAGUAUUGGAGCGCCGUUGGCUGUUCGAAAUCUCUAUACGCCACGAUACGGCCACCGGGUCACGGACCUCACUGACCUACAGCAAGGGGCACAGUAUGUGGCUGCAGGGUUUGAGCGUUUUAAGAAACUGGAUUAUCUGAGUGCAGGAUUGAAGAAAGGUCCAAUGUUCAGAGCUGUGGAGCCAACACAGGCUAAAGCACUUGUCAGGCCUAAUGUUUCUGCAAAAUGGAGGAAGGUCAUUACUCUGCCCUGCAUCAUACAUGUAUUUAGGAACGGGGACAUCCUCAGUCCUGCCAUGCGUCUGAUCAUUCCCAGACACAUGCAGAAAAAUCUAGAGCAGAUCCUGAGCCUCAUUUCGGAAAAAGCCAUGCUUCGCACAGGAGCUGUGCGCAGGCUCUGUACUCUGGAGGGCUUCACGGUGACCUCCACAGACGAGCUGGAGUCUGGGCAAUGCUAUGUUGCUGUUGGAACAGAGAGGUUCAAGAAACUCCCAUAUGUGGAGAUACUGCUAAACAAAGCAACAGGCAGCAGCGCGGACAGGCAUUAUGCAGGAGACAGAGGAUUACAGAGAAGAAUUGAGAGUAGAAAGAUUUUUCCCCAGGACAGCCACAGUGACUCCACCCUCCUGAAUUCACCUGAGAGGGAAGGUAGGCGUGUGAAGUCCACAGGAGAUGAGGUGGAGCGAGAGAGCUCCCCUCGGCUGGUUAAGAGGAGAGGAAGGAGAGGAGAAAGAGAAGAGAACUCUGUUUUCUACGCCAGACCUGUGAGAGUUCGCAGACACCCACCCACACACAGACCUCCACCUAAAGCUGCAACAGAUAAACACAGUGUGUUUAAGGCCUCUGAGAGGGAGGAGGUUCGAGGUGCUGAGGAGGUCGCAGAGGAUGAAAACACAGCUGUAGAGCUUCCCAUUGACCAGGUACACCUCUCCCCUUCUUUUGUCCCAUCUUAUCUAGUCUUUUCUAAAAAUGUUACAUUUCAGAGAGAAGCAGAUAUUGUGGAGGAUGAAGAGCUUCCUGAAAGAGAUCAAUUUGACCCAGCCAGUACAAAUCAUAAGCAUUCAGGUGAACUGCACAGUCCAUCAGCUGAUCUCUCUAAUGAGAACAGAGAGAAAGAGUUUGUAGUGUCUGAGAGGGAGACAUGGGACAACACGUCAGCUCUGCAGAGAGAAACACAUCAGUCUCCGCAUGAUUCAAACAAACAUGACAUUGAGUCGGACACACGGCAUUCCAGAUCUUCUCCAUCAUCACCCAGGGUAUCUGAACAUUCUCCACGAAGUGAAGAAACACAGCAAGAGCCAGUCAGUUUAUGAGUUUUAAACCGACUUGGGGAUCCCAUGAGGAACAGACAGACAGGGAUGCUGAGCGCCCUCUCCAGGCUGAAUAUGAUGCAGGAGACAGAGGCACACCUUCCCAAUCCACACACGAGGUCUGAACAUGGAGAUCACUAUGAAAUUGACAUUAUUUUGGUGAAAAAAAUGGCAUUUAAAAUAACGUACCCUGCAAAGUAACAGUGAUUCAUUGAAAAUUUUUUAUUUUUUAUUUCUUCUAACAAAAUAAGACCUCAAUGUAAAAGACAUUUAAAAUAAAGGUAUUUAAAUAAUG